GUGUGUCUGUGUGUGUGUAGUACCGCAUAUAGGGUACAUACUCGUAGAUAUGAUGCCUGUUACCCUCAUCAGUUCCCCGCCCUGCCCCGCCCCUCGCCCGUAACAACAGCGUGGGGUCGAGUGAGGUGUUGGUCUCCUGCCGUGUCGUUGUGUGUGGUGUCGUCGUCCCCGCUCCCGUCUGUGUUGAAGUGAGAGGCGAAAACGUCUGAGAAUACCGCCCGAAGAAGCUUACCGAUGAGGCGUGAAGGUGAUGCUUAGGAGAACACUCGCACGAAGGAGGGUUUGAAGAGAAGUGUCAUCUACGUGUCUUGUGUCUCGCGGCCGCCACUCAUGCACCCCACACUCUUCCUCCUGACGGUGCUGGUGCUGGUGCUCGCCCCUCGCGUCUAUGGGGCCUACGAACUCUUCCUCCACAGCACACGCUCGACGACUCCUUCUCCGCUGCCGCCGUCUCCUCCUCCUCCCUCUACUGAGCAAGGAUCUGCCGCGGCCUUGGACGUGAAGGAGGCGUUGCUCAUCGCCCUCACUGAACUCCUGCAGAGGGUGGCGCCUGCUGCUGAAAGCCCGACGUGCCCGUACCCGUACACGCAGGUCUUGCACGAGUGCUUCUACCCCCACUCCAAGAAGCUGUCGUGGGUGCAGGCCAGACGCGUGUGUCAGGGCAUGGGCGGCGACCUGGCUGAGCCCCGCCACAUCUACGCCCUGCAGACCCACAUGGCGGACACCCACGGCUCGGGUUACUUCUGGGUGGGGGGCACGUGCGAGGGCGGCGACGGGACGUGGCGGUGGGUGUCGGGGCGGCCGCUGGACCCCGAGGACUGGCUCUUUGACCGACCCGACAACCAGGGCGGCGACGAGCACUGCCUCGAGAUGGUGAUGUCGGACUACCCGCGAGUGUUCAACGACGAAACGUGUUCCCUCGCCCAGCGCUUCAUCUGCCAGUACUGACGCGGGUGAGACAGAUAGAUAGAUAGAAAGAUAGAUAGACAGAUAGAUAGAAAGACAGAUAGACAGAUAGAUAGAUAGAAAGACAGAUAGAUAGAUAGAUAGGUAGGUAGAUAAAUAGAUAAAAAGAGAGUGUGAGUGAAAGUGAGAUAAGACCCAUAGCAAUUUGGUGCAAGUCGAGUAAAUUUAAGUGUACGAAGGUGAUAGGCAAAAACUGGAGUAUACAAAGAUUGGGUCGUGGAUGAAUGGAACCAGUUAUUAAGCACAAGUGUGAGGGGAGCAACGGCUUUAAAUAGAGGUCAGGUUGAUUUAUGGAUAAGGAGGCUGGAUACGAAAACGAAAUGACUGGGUUUUUUAAUCUGCCAUUGUAGACCGAAUAGACUCUUGUAUGUAAUAUAUGUAUGUACUUUUGUAUCCUUGUCUAGUAUAGUGUCAAACCGCUGUAAAUACCUAUGAGAGAGACGGACACACACACACACACACACACACACACACACACACACACACACACACACACACACACACACACACACACACACACACACACACACACACACACACACACACACACACACACACACACACACACACACACACACACACACACACACACACACACACACACACACACACACACACAGACACGCAGAGACAGACAGAGACAGAAAAAAAGAAAGACAGAGAAAUGGCGUAACAAUGUCAGUGUAAGAAUUAAGACCCCCUAAGAAACACGAUAAAUGCAGAUCAACCAAUCCUUCCUUGGGCGUGUCCUGCCCUGCAAACGUUCGCCGAGACGUUUAAGCAUCCUCCCGUGAUCUGGGUCCUGGCAGGCUUGCACGCGAAGUAAAAUUAUGUUCCCCAAGGCUACUUUAGUCUCCCCAACGCCUCAUU